GCGCCGAAAGUAGGUUAUACUUCAGAAGCACAGACACGAAGAGAGGGAAUGAGAGAGAGCGGAGUGCAUAAUUUUAUUGCAUAGAGUACAUGCAGCGAAAAAGUAUCUAUAUGAUGGUGCGACAUUUACUCUGAAUGGCUAGUUUGUUUAGAGGACAAGUAGCUUGUGCAAUCAUUUAUCAGGUUUAGUUAUUUUAUUUGCUAACAACCACUCCUUUUUUGGAGUUUUAAAAUUUCACGCGAUUUAUUUUUUUAACUUUCGGUGUUGUUCAGAUGUGCAGGAGUUACAUUAUUAUUGGCAGAUAAUACAGCGUCACAAUGAGAGCUCAAAUUGAAGUAAUCCCAUGCAAGAUUUGCGGGGACAAGUCAUCAGGCAUCCAUUAUGGGGUGAUCACAUGUGAGGGCUGCAAGGGCUUCUUUCGUCGAAGUCAGCAGAACAAUGCAAUAUACUCCUGCUCGAGGCAGAGGAACUGCCUUAUUGACCGAACCAACCGCAACCGCUGCCAGCACUGCCGACUGCAGAAAUGUCUGGCACUGGGCAUGAGCCGUGAUGCUGUGAAGUUUGGUCGCAUGUCAAAAAAGCAGCGUGACAGUCUCUAUGCUGAGGUUCAGAAGCACCAGCAGUCCCAGGAGCGAGCUGGGGGCCUGGGCAGCAAUGUACCUGGCCACAUCAGUGAUGAUGCUGGGGAGAAUGGCAGCAAUCAUGGCCGGGCCUACAGUCGGGGCUCCAGCACCACCCUUAGCGACUUAGAUGACAUUACCACACUACCAGAUGGCCUGCUGUUUGAUCUGCCACUCACACCGGAGGAAGCCGGAGACUACUGCAGCCUGGAGCUGCUGGGGGGCAGCGGAGGGAGCAGUUCAUCUUCCCAGAGUUCCCCUGAGUGUAAUAGACAGGAGUUUGGUGACACAAUGCACAUCAAACAUGAGUACGACUCAGGACUCUUCUCUCGCUCAUUGCUUAUCCCAUCUGAAGGCUGUUCCUUGAUGGAAAUUGAACGGAUCACACAGAAUGUGGUGAAAUCCCACAUCGAGACGAGUCAGUACAGCACAGAAGAGCUGAAGAGAUUCGCUUGGACCCUCUACACGCCCGAAGAGAUACGCGCCUACCAAAACAAGCCGAUAGAGAUGCUUUGGGAGCAGUGUGCCGUGCACAUCACUAACGCCAUCCAGUACGUGGUUGAGUUUGCCAAGCGUAUCUCUGGAUUCAUGGAUCUGUGUCAAAAUGACCAGAUAGUCCUUCUCAAAGCAGGCUGCUUGGACGUGCUGUUGAUUCGAAUGUGUCGGGCCUACAACCCCAUCAACAACACAAUGUUGUUUGAUGGAAAGUUUGCGACCCCACAGCUGUUUAAAGCACUCGGUUGUGAUGAUCUGGUGAGUACUGUGUUUGAGCUAGGUAAAACCAUGAGUCGACUACAGCUUUCGGAAGAAGAGAUGGCACUGUAUACCGCCACUGUGCUUCUGUCUCCAGACCGACCUUGGCUGACAGAUGCUCAAAAGGUGCAGAAACUUCAGGAGAAGGUCUAUGUUGCAUUGCAACACUGUCUUCAUAAAAGUAGCACCUCUGAGGAGAAAAUGGCAAAGAUGGUGUCCAAGUUGCCCAUGAUGAAGUCUAUUUGCAACCUCCAUAUUGAUAAGCUGGAGUUUUUCCACCUCCUUCACCCUGAAACGGCCUACAACUUCCCUGCUCUUUACAGGGAGGUAUUUUGCAGCGAGAUAACUUUCCCAGACUCCACUGAGGGCUAACAUUCAUUCAAGUGUCAAACUGGUGCUAAUGAGAGAGAGGUAGAGAGGAUUAAAGAAAGACAGGGGAUGGAAAUAGGAGGUAGAUGGAUAUGUGCUUGAGACAAACCAGCAACACAAUGACAAUCCUGCACAUUACACUUUAGUACUCCAUCUAUAACCUCCCUCCUGAUUAGGGUGAUUCAGGCCCACAUUUCUUACGAGAGAUGCUGUUAAAUGACAGCAGUCUAACAUGGGGUGAUGUGUGCUUUUACUCAUGCUACCUACUUAUAGUAACUAAAACGGAGUAAACGAUGUAUAUGUAAUUGAAACGAGUGCUCCAUGAAACCUGUAGCACAAAUCUCCUAAAACAUUAAGUGCUUGAAAAGUGGGUUGAGGGAUAUUUCCCUUAACUAUUUUCUUGGUACUCUUAGGAAGAGAAUUGAAUGUAACCCAAGUGGCAUGUGGCACAGCAUCAGGAUUAAGACAGAAUGUAUUAUGUAUUCCUGCCCCAUAUGUAAAACAAGCCUUUGAGGCUUCGCUUCCAUAGCAUAGCCAUGCAGGCGAUAGUUUCGAAUCCAUGAAAGGGACCAAAUGCAAACAUGCAACCCUGUUCUUAAUGCUGUAGCAUUUCAGGGAGCCAUCCUGAGGUCAUAAACGCCAUAUGAGCACCCACACUUUCACAGACGCAACACUAACUACUUAGUAUUUAAAAGUAAAUACAAGCUCUUUAUUUUUGCAUAUAAAUUAAAAAGAUGAAACCAAACUAAUGAAAACCUCAUCCUUACUUCCCUUUCCCAUGCAAAUGCCACUUAGUUUAAUAUAAGAUAAUAUUUUGAAACCCCUCAUUUGAUUUGAAAGAGAAACCACAUGUAUGUAGAAGAAUAGAUUUAUUUCAAAAUAUAUUUAUAAGCAGAGUCUUCAGAAAGGGUAAGAUAUAAAUGUAGAGAGAGAAAGAAAGAAAGAAAGAGGACUUGAUUAGAAAAUUGCACCAAUGAGAGAAUUUUCUCAAGCCAUUUCAAAGACUUCCCAACCCUUGGAGUGGAAUUGUGGGAAGACAGGACUGGAUUUGGAAUUCACCUAACAUGCUGAUUUUGAAAGAUUUAAAUGCAGGUAAACAGCACUUAAAAAACUGGGGAAAUAAACGCUUUCAUUGCCCUCUUACGCGGGCAGGACUUUGCUGUCGCCCCACAAUCAGCUGAAAGACAUUGCCACUUUGAGGGAGAGUUUCUGAAGUCAAGUCCCCCUAAGUGAGCGUGCAGCAAAGCACUCAAGCAGCUGCUGUGGGAGCAGGGCCUCAGGGGAGAAAGCGGAUGGGCGGACCUGUAUUAUUUUUUUUUUUUUUUUUAGAGACAACUAACAGACAACCUGAGCUCACUAUCAGUCGCUAGGACACCACUGAAAUGAGGCACAGAUGUGAUCUAGGAUAUGAGGAUUCACGGACUAUACUUCAUGCUUUGAGUCUGAUGUGGGAAUCAGUGUUGUGUUGCUGUGUGAUUUAGUUUUUAGUUUUUUUUUCCACCACCCCUUCACCAUUUGUGUUCACAUAUAGCACAACUAUUGGUUGACAGAGCCAUCAGCUACCCCCCUGAGUUAGGGAAUACUAUGGUUAGUUUUUUUUUCAAAACUGCAUAUUUUGCUAUUCAAACCGAAGGACAAAUAAUGUUUAAUCUAUCCGCACAUUCUUCUGAAUUAGGAAGUCCUACAAACUAGUGAUCAAGAUUGGUCUCAUGGGACCUUUAGGAGUGGCCCAGAAAUGGGAAAACCAAGCAAAGCCCAAAGGGCUUUUCAAUAACCUCAGAGCCCCUCUGUGCCCAGAUCCAGGCAGAAAAAUGACUUUUCUGCAGCUAUAUCAAAUUACAGGGCAUGAAAGACGUUGAUCAGAAUGACUGAUAGAUAUCGAUCUCCAGUUUCCUGUCUGUUAAAUUUAACAAGCUCAUCUAAUGAUUAAUUUUUGCACUGCUGGAACAGUGCUGCUGUCCAAACUUUAUAUUUUCUAAGAGUUUAUAUGGUUUGUAUAAUAUACUUUUAUCUAUGUGCUUCAUAUAGUAUCAUAAUGUCUCCCUGUGCAAUAGUCAGUCUUUCCAUUUUUAGUGUUGAGGGCCCUCGCAAGCCAAGGAUUCAUCUCCUUGGAUUUCAUAAGCACUCCAGCUCAGAACAUUUAACACCUCCCGUCAUGGUUUCUUAAUUCUGUGUACUCAACAAUCGAGUUCAUUUUUUAUUUUAUUUUUUACACUUUUCUGGUAUUAACUGACUUAAAGUUGAAGCGUGAAGGCAGAGAAAGAUUGUAACAAAGUGCAAAUACUUCGUAAAAAACAUUUAGAGUUUUGAUGAUGCAUUUUGUGGAGUGUAAUUCGCAGCCCCGCUAACUGCCCCAUGCAUUCAUCCUCCAUGAGGGCAGAUCUGGAAGUAUGCGUUUACAUCUACACUCAGUCACUCAGGGAGAUAGCUGGGUUCUCUGUCCUACAAUGUCUUCUUCAGUUAGCCUAGCAAGAUACCUUGCACCAAAUAGAAGACUUAAACUUUACAGUAGCUUUUCUUGUGAAUGUUGAUCGCAGAAGUAUCAAAGACUUUUACCCCUGUCUUAUAGGAGUACUAUUGGAGGUCUUUUUGAGUUUGACUUGCUUAAAAAAAAAAAAAAAAAAAAAAAGAGAGAA